UCUUCCAUUUUGGGGGACGUGGCUUAGAAUGACAAAGUCUCAAAUCCCUAACCCCCAUCUCCCCACGAUUGGCUGACCCAAUCGGCCAUUCUUAGCUCCGAUCACUUUCUCCCCAUCCCUCUGUCGUCGCCGUUUUUUCCUUCGUCCUCUAUCGACGCCGUGUCUCCAUUUCCAGCUUCAUCCAUCAACUGCCUUGAGCUUCGCUGCUCCCUCAUCCUUACUCUACCCGUCACCCGCAAUCUCGCUGCCUCCGUCGUCACUUGUUUAAGACUACCUCCCUUGUUGUUCGUGUUGCCUCCGUCGUCGGCUCCGUGGUGAUGAUACUGUAGGAGCUCAAAGAUUAGCUGUGGACUUGUAAAGAAUGUAUGGAAGAGCAGCAGGUCUUGAUAGAUUUAAGAAAGCUCAAAGCUUGGAACCAUUUUCUGUUUCAGCGAAUUCAUCUUCAAAACCCAGUGCUCAAGCUGGCACUCAAGUAAUCAGCCACUCCUCUGCUUUACCUUCACAGUCUCAAACUUCUUUCCAUCAAGUCCAGUAUCAACAACAGGCACAACAGGUACAACAUCAUGCUUCUCAUGGAGCCACAGGGUUAGAAGCUGCUCCAUUGUUGGGGCAGACUCAGCAGGCAACACAAGUUGGUGGAGGACAAUCAACAUGGCAGCCCCCAGAUUGGGCAAUUGAGCCUCGUCCAGGUGUUUAUUAUCUAGAAGUUUUGAAGGAUGGCCAGGUAUUGGAUCGAAUUAAUCUGGACAGGCGGAGGCACAUCUUUGGGAGGCAAAUCCAAACUUGUGAUUUUGUGCUUGAUCAUCAAUCUGUCUCUCGUCAACAUGCUGCAGUCAUUCCUCACAAGAAUGGAAGCAUAUAUGUAAUUGAUUUAGGAUCUGCUCAUGGUACAUUUGUUGCUAAUGAGCGAUUAACUAAGGAUUCACCGGUUGAGCUUGAAGUGGGACAGUCUCUGCGAUUUGCUGCGUCGACAAGAACUUACAUGUUGAGAAAGAAUGAUGCAGCUUUGUUUCCUCGUCCUCCAGUGCCCGCGGAGAUUAAUUUACCUCCACCUCCUGACCCUUCUGAUGAAGAAGCUGUGGUUGCAUACAACACACUUCUAAAUCGUUACGGCCUUGGCAAGGCUGAUCAAGGGUCUAGAACAGUUGAGUCUGGUAAAUCCGCGACUAGAAAAAAUGACAAUCACCAAUCAGACCGAGCUUCCAAGAGAAUUAGAAAGAUGAGAGUCGCCUUCAGGGACCAAGUAGGGGGAGAAUUAGUCGAGGUUGUUGGGGUUUCAGAUGGUGCAGACGUGGAAACAGAACCCGGUCCAGUCGGAGUUAAAGAAGGAAGUCUUGUUGGGAAAUAUGAAUCCCUUGUACAGAUCACAGUAAUACCUAAGGGAAAAGAGCAAUCUGUUGUAAAGGAAGCUGAUUCAUCCCAGAAAGGAGUGACUGAUAAACUACAAGAAGUCUUAAAAAAGGUCAAAACUACACAGAAAGGUGGGAUUUAUGAUGAUCUUUAUGGAGAAUCAUUUUCUGCCAAAGUUGGAUCUUCCUGGGCCUACUCAUCUGUCAGUACUGGUGAAGGAACUCCUCCAGGUAAGGUUGGGGAAGGUAAUACCUUGAGUGGAAAACCUGAAAGUAAUCUUAGUAGUGUUGAUGGAGACAAUGAUGAUGAUUUGUUUGGGUGACUAAUUAAUUGACCCCUUGAGACCUAAUUAUGGACUAGAUUUGUGUUGGUUCUGUAGUUGAGUUCCACAAGACGACGAGGAGCUGAAAAAGACACUUGAAAUUGCAUUAUCUGCUGCUUCUUUUGUGGUUUAAUUGUUGUAGUGCAUCCACAUUUUUGUUUUCUACUUCUCCAUUAACUCAAAUACAAAAAGAUCUUAGUUUCAUGGUAAAAUGGUGUAUUGUCUUUACCCAAUGAUAUGUAAAGAGCUAGUCAGGAGCUCAUUCAAGCA